AUGCAAUCAGAUGUCCAGGACCCUGGACGGCUACAAGCGUCUACCGCUAACCAGAACAUCCCAUCCCACAACUAUGGACCGGGGUAUCAGGGAAUGGACCAAGCUCGUUCAGCUCGACCAACCCUACCAACAGGAACCCCCGAAAGCCCAGGCAAGGGAUUUUGGAAAAAGCAAGACGAAGAAGCAGAAUGA